ACAUAGCUCGAAUGAAUGCAGACCGUGAAGUUGCUUCUGGGAAGGCGAGGUAUCGAAGUUAACGCCACAAACAUGAGAGGCGACACCGUCCUUGAUAUGCUACUGGAUUCACCCUUCCAACAUGGAGAUCUAUUGUUGGGAGAACUGAUUCGGGCAGCAGGUGGAAGAACCGCCGCAGAAGAAGGGAAGACUCAGCCGAAAUCGUCACCGAGUGAUGCCAGAGCCUCUGCCACUGUCGCGUCACACAGAAGCCGACCGAAUCGUUGGAACCCCUUCCGACGCCAGGCUCGACCUUCUAAGGAUGACCGCAGCCCCCGAAAAGUAUUGUCUGAACUUAAAGAAAGGUACAACAACAAACCAGCAACACUAAUGUUGGUGGCGACGUUGAUCGCCACCGUCACAUUCCAAGCUGGGCUAAACCCCCCUGGUGGGUUUAAGCAGAAAGAUGAUGGUGGGCCGACUCCCCCCAAUAUGAAGGGGAGUUCAAGUGAAGGGGAGGCAGUUCUAAAACAUGGUCUCAAGUUAUUCCUGCUGUUCGACAUGUUCGGGUUGUUUGCAUCCUUGAGCAUCAUCCUCUUGUUAAUAUGUUGUGUGCCCAGAAAGACGAAAAUGGUGAUGGGAAUCCUAAAGUGGAUUCUAUGGCUGGCGGUGUUCUCGACGGCAUUAGCAUUCUCGACCGCCAUUAUGCGAAUAUUUUUCUAUCCGCCCUACACUACCAUCCUUCUCCUGAGUUGGUUCGGAAUCCUCAGUCUCUUCAUGGUUUGGGUGUGCUUUAGAGCGAUCAGGUGGUUGUUGCGCAAAGGUGGAUGCUGGAAGAAGAAAGAUGGAAAAGGAGAAAGCCAGGGAGGCCCCAAAAGGGCCGUUGCCAUCUGCACGAAGAUUGUGGUGGGCGUGUUGAUAAUAAUUCUUUUAGGAGUUUUUCUUAUUGUAAAUUUAGUACUGUUUGUUUAUAUAGCGACAAGGUCAAUAAAAUUCUGAUAGGAUAAUAUGACC